AUGAUCCGAGUAUUUACCUCAAUUUUCGCUUUCACACUCGCUCUUACCGGUGCUACCGCUAAGUUCCCAACGAUCGUCUACAAGUUCAAUCCUACGGACGCUGCUGGUGUUGGCGGCUCUAUCACAGUGCAAUACACUGCCUCGACCGUUGCCAACAUUGAUGCUAAACUUGACUUCUCGCAUGUCGACAAAAAGAAGAUUGCGUCUCUCGACGCUAGUUGCAAAACCCACUCUGUCAAAAGCUACAAUUGGCACCUUCAUACCGGAUGGAUGUCGUCCAAGUCUUCGGCCUCUUUUAAAGAGUGCUCCAAGAUGAUGACUGGCAACCACUUUGACCCUGAUAAGGCUUGUGGCCCCGCCUCGCAGCAUAUUGCACAACCUGACUGCAAGAAAAAAUCCGAGAGCUACGAAUGCACUCCAUUCAAGUACAAGUCCGAUCAGAAGUCGUGCGAGGCGGGAGACUUGUCCGGUAAGUUUGGUGCCUUCUUACCCGGAUCUGACCACAAAGUAUCGACCAAGUGGACGGACCACCACUUUAUGCCGUUAUCUGAGACAAGUAAGCAUAAGUUGAGCAUUGUGCUUCAUGCUGUAUGCGGCAAAGAGUCCCCUCGAUUUGCUUGUGCAAUGGGGAGCAAGCAGAACUGA